AUGGGGGCCCAGCUCUCCUCCCAGGCUGACACCAAGGCGCCCCGGGAGACACUGCGCUUCCACCCUGAGGCCAAGGGCGCGCAGGUGCGUCUAGACGCCCAGCGGUGCACUGCGCGCAGGAACGCCACGUUCCACGACGGCAUCGUGUUCAGCCAGCGGCCGGUGCUUCCCGGGGAGCGAGUGGCGGUCCGCGUGGUGUGGCACGAGGGCGGCUGGUGCGGCGGGCUCCGCGUGGGCUUCACGCGCCUGGACCCCGCGCGGGUGUCCGCGCCCAGCCUUCCACCCUUCGUGUGCCCGGACCUGGAGCUGCAGAGCCCGACAUGGGCUGCCAUGCUGCCCGAGGGCUGCGCGCUGGCGGGGGACGUGGUCUGCUUCUGGGUGAACCGCAGGGGCCGGCUCUUUGUCAGGGUCAACUCGGGCCCCCGGCUGCUGCUGCGCAAGGGCGUGCUCAUGGGCGCCCCCCUCUGGGCCGUGAUGGACGUGUACGGGACCACCAAGGCCAUCAAGCUACUGGCCACGGCAGGAGAGGAAUGUGCCAUCUGUUUCCACCACGCUGCCAACACCUGCCUGGUUCCCUGCGGCCACACACACUUCUGCAGCUACUGUGCCUUGCGGGUCUUCAGGGACUUGGCCAAAUGCCCUGUAUGUCGCUGGGAGAUCAAGGCGGUGGUCCCAUCGUGGGGCCCACCCAUUCUGAGGACUGGGGAGGGCCUCCUGAUGCAGGUAGCAAAUUGA